UCCCAGGACACGUGUCGACAACUUUUGUAUUUUUUAUUAAAAUUUCGCUUCAAGUUGGUGUGCAGAUAUUAUUUUGCUAUCUUGAAAAUAACUUCCAUGGGGCUUCAGCCGUAGAGGUUUUAUAUCUCCGCCGCAGUUGUGCUCUGCACAACCAACGGGUUCCCGGCUCUGUAAACAUGUACACACACAAGUAGAGGACCCAAUACAUCACCACGAGAUUGGACACUGAAUAUUUCCCUUUUUAUAUCUAUUGAUAGUUGUUAGUAGGUUUGCUAUUCACCAGCUCCAACCACUCCUGAUAAUUUGAUGCUAAGGCUUUUCAUUGUGAGAGCAAUAUAGACUGCAGAGAUGAAGUCCAAGAAGAAGAAGAGACAGGAUGAUUUCCAGAAGGUCAAGUUAAAAGUGGGGAAGAAGCUGCCCCAAGCUGGUAAUGCCACCAACACCAACUUCCGCACAAAGGGAAUCCAUCUGUCUGAGCAGCUGAAGAGAGACAAGAGUGGCCCCACCACACAGAGACACCUUGGUAUCAAUGACCUCCUGUCUCAGCUCCACCAUUACAAUGCCAAUGUGAAGCAUGGUGCCUUGAUGGGUUUGAGAGAGUUGUUGUCCCUCAAUCCAUCUCUGUUAGAGCAGCAUCUCUCUCGUCUGCUUUCUGAAGUUGCAGCAGUUUUCACAGACAAGGAUGGCAAUGUUCGUGCGGCAGCUACACGUGUGCUCAGGUUCAUUGCACAGUCGGUGCCUGCAGAACGAGUGGCCCCAUUCUUCCCCCUCCUCAGUGCCCACCUGUCUUGUGCCAUGACUCACAUUGAGACGGGCAUCCAGGAGGACGCAAUGAAGGUUCUGGAUGUGUUGUUGGAACACUACCCUGCUUUGCUAGCAGCGCGGCCUGCAGUACUCCUCACGAACUUCCUAGAGCUGAUUUCUCAUAGACAAAGCAGUGGUGGAACCAAAAAAGCCCAGGAUGCCAAGGGGCGGACCUGGGCACUGUCAGUCAGUCUUAACAGGGCCGUGACUAGCCAGCAGUGGCGACUCUCUGUGCUUCUCAGGCUUGGUCGCUUUCUGCAGGCAGUAGUCGAGGAAAGACCGGUGGAGGAAGGUGACUUGUCUGUUGCAACUGAAGGAGUGUUUGGUUGCAGUGGUGAAGACCGGCUUACACCUCUGUUUCUCAACUGGGAAGAGCUCACCUAUAGUAAGGUCGGAGUUAGGGUGUAUGAGCAUUCUGGGACCAAACCGACUCCGCGGUCCACCUUCAGACUCAGACCUGAGGUGGAUCCUGGAGCUGCAUUGGGUGAGAGUCUGGACUCUGCUGAGGCUGUUCAGAGCUUUGCAGCUACGCUGGUGCCUCUUCUGCUGGAAGUUUGGGUCGAGGCCAGUGCUAGUGAGAGUCCCUGGAACAACAGUGAGGGCGCUAACCUGCUCACCCCAGAUGCCAUGUCAGUGAUGUUCCAGGUGUUGUCUAUUCUGCAGCUGCUGAGGAAACUGGCACCACAGCAGGAGCAACAGGAUGCACUGGAUGCAUGGUUCCAUAAAGAAUACCUGGGCGAUUUUAAGCAACACUUCAUGAAAAACUUUCCCUAUGGUACCCAGGACAUGCCCAAACCUAGAAGGAAGGUUGAUCUCAAAAGGAGUAAACAAACUGCAGCCAUUCCAGGUCCGUCUGUGGAGCCCCUGGCCCUGAACAUCACACUUUGCCAGGUCAUGGUGUCCCUCAGCCAGACGCAGGGACUUGGCCGAGAGACGGACGGAGACUGGCUUGCGCUGCUGAGGACGUUUGUCAGAGACACUCUGGGCAGCGGAGUGAAACUGAGCUACAGGCAGCUUCACAUGCUGCUGGGUACUGUGUGGAAGAUGGUGCUCACACAGAGGAGUAAAACAGUGACAGAGGACCUGUUGGCAGCAGUUUACAUCUACUAUAAACAGAGGAACCUGACUCUGCAGACACGAUCUCUGCUCCUGUCUUUCUACAGCAAGCUUUACCUCCAGGAGCAAGGCCAUACGCAUAUCGCCAGGUGUAAGGUGCUGUGUAAGUGGUUGGCAUCUCUUCCAGUGCAGCUGUCCCAGCUGGGCCACCGUAACCCAACUCUCUCUGCACGACUCAUCCUGUCCAUCCACGCGGCUGCUGCACGAGGAAACAAGGAUCUACUCAACAGUCUGCAGACACACGCCUGCCGGCUCUAUGAUCCACAGGAAGGAGUUCUUGUGCUGUUACCGGCAGAGUCCCAGCAGCGAAUGGUGCAACUGCUCUACUUCCUACCCAAGAUGUCCCAGUCUCUUCUGGCCAACCUGAGCUGCUGCUGCACCGCUGGACGAAUCUCAGCUGGACUCGCUGCCUCUCUGAUCCGUAUCGUACACCUUAGGUCAUCUCUGAGUGGCUGGUCAGUUGGGAGCCAAGAAGUGGCUCUGCAGGACGUGGACUUCUUCAGCUUCCUGUUCUCCACCCUGACAGGCUUCUCGUCCGACAAGCUCGUCUCCCUGCAGGAGGCUGGAGACGAGGAAGCCCUGCCUUGCUCCCCUCUCUCACCCCUCAGUCUCUAUCCCACCUCGCUGGAACAGUUCACACACCACUGGGACGUUGUUGAGGAGGUGUGCCACUGUCUGGAAACUCUGGGCUCCAAGUCUCAGUGCUAUGACAUCUUGCAAAAUGGCAUUUGCAAAUACCUGAUCAAGUUGGCCGUGGUUCCUGACAGCCUGGUUGCCGGGCUGCUCAGAGCAGUGGCCAGAUUACUGGACCUGUCUGUCCUGCCCAUUGAGCCGGUGCUGCGCUUCUUGUCUCAGUGCUGCCUCAGCCUCAUGGCUCUACUUAUCACCCUGCAGCAGGAGGCACCUACCGAAACCAACCACAAAAGGGAGGCGAUUUGGGGUGCUUGUGUGAUGGUGCUGAGCACCGUUCCACGCCUGCUGCGGAUGGUUCUGCAGAUGUUGCGGGUCGGUGAUCUGAGCGAGGAAGAGCUGCCGCAGCUUGGGCAGAUCCUGUCGAUGCUUUUGCAGCACGCUCCGCUCCACAACCAGCUACUGGCCAACGCCUCUCUUCUGCAGGAGAUAAUACAGAACCUCACGAGGUAUAACCGGGCUGCGACGAGGGAGCAGUGGCUGACGGACCUGCUCUACUGCUACAGCCUCACUGUGGCUCACGGCUCCUCUGCUCACCGUGGAAACGUGGGCCUUCGAGACAUGUACUGACCGACCCGCCCACCAGACAAGACAUGGUGUGUUUCUCAGUUCAACCUCUCAAACGUGUCACAGUUACUUUUGACAAGCAAAUCACUGAAAAAGCUCAGUACCGAUAAGUUAAUAAUUCAUAAACUUUCAGUCAGUGAUGCAAUGGAAAAGUGUUUUUUAUUGUGAGUGACAAUGAAUACUCCACAUUUUUUGUUUUAAAGACUGCAGCUGUUUUGCUGUCUUAAGUUGCCUCUUUAUUACUUCAUACUUAGUCUGGUGAUUGUCAUCUUGCUUCUUCUGAGUAUUGUUUUAAUUGCUGUUGCAGACAUUGUCAAGUCCUUAUUGAGGUACCUGGUGACCUUUUGUGGACCCCCCCCCCCCCAAAAAAAAUAAAAUAAAUAAAAAAUAAAAAAAAA